GCUGCCACCCCUAAGGAGGCGGGCAGACGCCGCUUCUCAUUCAUUGUCUUGACAAGAGCAUCCUCAGCGGGCUGUCUCUGGCUCCGCCGGCUCCUUCCUCCUCCUCCUCCUCCUCUCCCUCCUCCAUUUGGGGGUUCACUCAUCUCUCAGCAGCAGGAUGAGCCGGCAGGUGGUCCGCUCCAGCAAGUUCCGCCACGUGUUUGGACAGCCAGCCAAGGCCGACCAGUGCUAUGAGGAUGUGCGCGUCUCACAGACCACCUGGGAUAGUGGCUUCUGUGCUGUCAACCCCAAGUUUGUGGCCCUGAUCUGCGAGGCCAGUGGGGGAGGGGCCUUCCUGGUGCUGCCUCUGGGCAAGACUGGACGUGUGGACAAGAAUGUGCCCAUGGUCUGUGGCCACACGGCCCCAGUGCUGGACAUCGCCUGGUGCCCGCACAACGAUAACGUCAUUGCCAGCAGCUCCGAGGAUUGCACGGUCAUGGUGUGGGAGAUCCCUGAUGGGGGCCUGACAUUACCCCUGCGGGAGCCCGUCGUCACCCUGGAGGGCCACACCAAGCGCGUGGGCAUCGUGGCCUGGCACCCCACAGCCCAGAACGUGCUGCUCAGUGCAGGUUGUGACAACGUGAUCCUGGUGUGGGACGUGGGCACUGGGGCGGCCGUGCUGACGCUGGGCUCCGACGUGCACCCGGACACAAUCUACAGCGUGGACUGGAGCCGAGACGGCGCCCUCAUCUGCACCUCCUGCCGUGACAAGCGUGUGCGCAUCAUCGAGCCCCGCAAAGGCACCGUUGUUGCCGAGAAGGACCGUCCCCAUGAGGGGACCCGGCCUGUGCGUGCAGUCUUUGUAUCAGACGGGAAGAUCCUGACCACGGGCUUCAGCCGCAUGAGUGAGCGGCAGGUGGCGCUGUGGGACACGAAGCACCUGGAGGAGCCACUGUCCCUGCAGGAACUGGACACCAGCAGCGGCGUCCUGCUGCCCUUCUUUGACCCUGACACCAACAUAGUCUACCUCUGUGGCAAGGGUGACAGCUCCAUCCGCUACUUCGAGAUCACUUCCGAGGCCCCAUUCCUGCACUAUCUCUCCAUGUUCAGUUCCAAGGAGUCCCAGCGGGGCAUGGGCUACAUGCCCAAACGUGGCCUGGAGGUGAACAAGUGUGAGAUUGCCAGAUUCUACAAGCUGCACGAGCGGAGGUGUGAGCCCAUUGCCAUGACAGUGCCUAGAAAGUCGGACCUGUUCCAGGAGGACCUUUACCCACCCACCGCAGGGCCCGAUGCUGCCCUCACGGCUGAGGAGUGGCUGGGGGGCCGGGAUGCCGGGCCCCUCCUCAUUUCCCUCAAGGACGGCUACGUGCCUCCAAAGAGCCGGGAGCUGAGGGUCAACCGGGGCCUGGACACCGGGCGCAGGAAGACAGUACCAGAGGGCAGUGGGACCCCCAGCUCGGAUGCCGUAGCCCGGCUGGAGGAGGAAAUGAGGAAGCUCCAGGCCACGGUGCAGGAGCUACAGAAGCGCUUGGACAGGCUGGAGGAGACGGUCCAGGCCAAGUAGAGGACCGCAGGGCCUCAGCGGGGGCCGUGGCAUCGCCUCCCUCCCUCCAUUCACACCCUUCUCCUCAGGCCAUGACGGCAGAUAAAAAAUAAUAAUAAAAUGGCUUUAUUUUCUGGUA